CGAUCAAAGACAUGCUCGCGCGAUCCUCCUGGGUCUCCAGCUUACUCAUCCUCAUCAACAAUGUCACGUGUGGGAGUCUUGGUUCUCGGGCCCGCCGGAGCGGGCAAAUCCACCUUCUGCAACUCGAUUAUUUCACACAUGCAAUCUAUUGGACGCCGCGCGCACAUUAUCAACUUGGACCCUGCCGCGGAGGCAACUGAGUACGAGUUUACCGUGGACAUCAAGGACUUGAUCUCUGUCGAGGAUGUGAUGGAGGAAAUGGACCUUGGGCCAAACGGGGCCCUUGUCUACUGCUUUGAAUACCUCUUGAACAACUUGGACUGGUUGGAUGAGGAGAUUGGUGACUACAAUGAUGAAUACUUGAUCUUCGACUGCCCAGGUCAAAUCGAGCUUUACACACACGUCCCGGUCCUACCCACUAUAGUUCGUCAUCUCCAAUCAUCUCUCAACUUCAGUCUCUGCGCAACUUAUUUAUUGGAAGCACCAUUUGUCAUUGAUCGCUCCAAGUUCUUCAGUGGCGCGUUGAGUGCUAUGUCGGCCAUGAUUCUAUUGGAGUUACCGCACAUAAAUAUCCUUUCGAAAGCCGAUCUCAUCAAGUCGGAGGUAUCGAAGAAACAGCUCAAGAGGUUUUUGAAUCCGGACCCCUUGGUGCUAGAACAUGACCCCGACAAUCAGUUGAACCCGAAAUAUACCCGGCUCAAUAAAGCCAUCGCCGGCCUUGUCGAUGACUUUGGCAUGGUGCAGUUUUUGCCUUUGGACUGCUCAAAAGACAGCACAUCUGUGGCAACAAUCUUGAGUUACAUAGACGAUGUCACUCAAUGGUCGGAGUCUCAAGAGCCGAAGGAACCCGCAGAAGAAGUAGAGGUGGAUGAUGACUAGUAUUGUUCUUGCAAGUCAUCUUUUUCCUCACGCUCCUCUAAACACUCUGAACUCCCUAAACUCCUUGGACACUCGAACUCACUCCAGGAACUUGAUGGCUAUAUUCAGCUCGAAGAAUCUUGAAGGUAUGAGAGAAACUCAUUAGUUCCCUAAAAAUAAACUGACGGUCUGUGUUCAAGAACGAAGGAGGCUUAUUUCAAAUCUAUUGUUAUUCCUGGGCGCUCUGAGACGAUAUAGGGGCUUGUCUUCCGUGUAAUCAACGGCCUCAAGUGAACCCCACCUCCCCGUUUUUGGGUAGAAAACUCAAAACUUCAUACAUAUAGCUAAAAGCUCGCACCACGUCUAAUAAAACAAUCUUAACCACACAUACACCUCUUAUUUA